UUCAGUGCACACAGCUACCAACAACGGUCUAGGCACAACAAAAACCAGCAUCACGAACAUACAACAACAAACUAGUCAAAAUAUAAAUAAAAUGUUGCCUCCUGCACAGGUGCAUUAUCAACAGCAACAGCAGCAGCAACAACAACAGCAACAACAGCAAAAUGUGAUAAAGAAUGUGACAAACAAUGCAAGCAUCAAAAUAAUCCAGCAACAACAAGAACCACAACAACAACAGCAGCAGCAGCCACAGUCCAGUCCCCUUGGCGUAGACAACAAAAUGUGGCGCAAAGAUGCUGAGCGUGUGCCACCAUUGCCACAAGCCGUAACGACAACAACAACAGCUAUAACAACAAUUGCCGGUGAGGAUAACAAUGUGGCAACACCUACUUGGACGACGGCAAGUAGCGGCAGUGGAAUGAGUCACCAACAAACCGCCAGCCGGUAUAUAAAUCGUUCGCUCUCUUCGCCAGUGAAGAAGCAGCAACCGAAUUUCAAAGAUGAUCCGACUGGAUACCUGCAACAACAGACAGCGUUGCUGCAUAGUUCAAUGAUGAAUGUCGCUAUGGGCGAAGAAGAAGAAGAAGAAGAAGAUGAUGAUGCAGAAGAAGAAGAAGAAGAAGAUUUGCUAGAGGCAGAUGCGUGUGCAGAGGAGGAGGCAGAGUUGACAGAGGAUAUGGAUGAGCCAGAGGACACAGAUGAUUACGAAAGUGUGGCUGAAGAAGAUAAGGAGAUUAAGUUGAAACACAACUGCAAUGACGAUGGCAAUGGCAGCGUUGAUGCAACCAUGCAGUUAAACGUGCAACACAUCCAGCAGGAGGCAGCAGGCACGACGAUUGGUGAGAAGAAACCACAGGCCACUUAUGUCAAAAAGAUUUACGUGCAGAAUGGUGUUGCGCACUAUCAGCAGCAGACACAACAGCAACAGCAGCAAGCAGUUACCCAACAGGAGACCACGUUUUAUCGACCACAACAACAACAGCAACAGCAACGUAAGGCACAACAAACGGCUACUCAGCAGCAACAAAUCAUUGUUUCGGCUAGUCAAGCGCAGUUGCAACAGCAGCAGCAACAACAGUUACAACAAGCACAACUGCAACAGCAACAUCACCAACAGUUAAAACAAAUGCCCGUAGUUUCAAUUAACGGCCAGCUGCUAGUGCCAACUUCUAUGGCAUCGGACGGUGGGGCAAAUUUCACACUGACAUUGAAGCCACAGCAACAACAACAACAGCAGCAACAGCAACAAAUACAGUUAAUGCAACAACAAAACAUCAUAUUCCGGCAGCAGUCAUCGCAACAACAACAACAACAACAAUCGCAAAAACCGAACGUCGUGCCAAUUGCUCAAGAAUCGCCGGUCUCCUCCAGCACCGCCUUUGCGCGCUCCACGCCCGAGUCCCAGCGCCAUACACCGAGGCCCGAACAAGUCGGCGCUAUUUCCACUAGCAAUGAGAGCCCACUGCCAUGUCCCUCGCCAGCCGACUCGGUUGAGUCGGGAAGCUCACGCGCCUCUUCCACUAAAACAACAGCAUCGCCUUCGCCAAUGCAACAGCAGCAACAAAAACAACAACAACACAUUUCACAAGCUAGCAACAACCAGGUGGUACAAAUGCGCGUACAGCAACAACAGCCACAACAGCAGCCUACGCCGCAGAUACGCAUAAUACGCCAGGCACCACAGCAGCAACAACAACAGCCGCAACGCAUUGCUGUUGCACGCAGCGCGCUAACAUCCAUAGCUGGCAGUCGCGCCAUCACAUCCACAACCGCCACCACUACUACCGCAACUGUAGCAGCAGCCGCGACCGUAACCGCUAGUCAGCAGCAUUUGGUAGAGGCACAAAAGUUACAAGCCGCAGUACAGAAGGCAACGCCAAGCAACACAAUUCCGUUACAGCUGCCCAGCAGCCAGAUUAUCAUGACAUCCACCGGUCAGCUGAUUGUGAUGCCGACCAAUGGUAAGCCGACGGCACAAUUACAACAACAACAGGCGCAGGGUCAACAACAACUACUAAUUACUACAACUGCCGGUAACAAUGGUGCAACCGGUGGCGCCGGGCAAACGCCGACAGGCAAUGUUAUUAUUCAGCAUCAGCAUCACCCACAGAAUCAACUAGAGGUGCUGGGAGGUCACCAGCAACUGACCACCGCAAAUGGUAGCAUCAUAUUACAAAAUGGACAACAACACCAGCACCAAGGUGGCUACAUUGUGGGACAGGCAUCCACAGCUGGCGCCACCACCACCACCGCCCAGUUGCAGCCAGCCACCGUAAUACUCAAUUCAGCUGGUCAAAAUAUAUUGACCACAAGCAAUGGCACCAAAGUAGCGCUGGCGACAACCACCAACACCGGCAACAUCAUUCACACUGGUGGUCAACAGCUAAUUGCAGGCAAUCAACUGCUGACCACCGCACAGAAUGCCGCCACAGCGGCCACCACCGGCCUGCUGCAUGGCCAGCAAGCAGUCGUACUAAAUACGUUGCCGAAUGGUGGCUACGUCAUACAACAACAGCAGCAGCCUGCUGCACAACAACAAUUUGCCACACUGGAUGGUCAGGUGGUUAGUCAGCUUGUGCAACAGGCGGACGGCACCACAGCCUACGUGCAACAAACGCAGCAACAGCACACGCAGCAAAGCCCACAAGCGCAACAGCAAGCCCAGCAAACGCAGCGCAUCAUUAUAACUUCGCCAGAUGUGAAGAGGCGCGCAAAAAAGCGUAAGAGCUCCACAGGCAGCGUCUCGCCCACAAGUACGCCCACCACUAGCCUUUCGCCACAAAUCUCCCCAACUAUACCCAAUCAAACAACUAUUAUACAACAACAAGCAGCCGCCGCCGCCGCUGCUGCAGCCGUGGCCGUGCAGCAACCACCGCCACCACCACCACCGCCACAGCCGCAAGUCGUACAAAUCGCAUCUGCCGCACCACCACAAUACCAACAACAAUUCCAACUUAGUCCCGGCAUACAGGGGAUUGUGGUUAACAAGGCGGCUACAACUACGACAGCCCAGCCACAGCAAAUCAUCUUGCAGAAUGGGCAAAUCAUACAGCCAAUGAAUCUCAUUGGACAGCAGCUAAUUGUGCCCACUGGCCUGAUGAUGGCACCCGAUACCACACUGCUGCAAAUCCAGAAUGUCGGGGCUUGUGGACCAAGCAUACUCACCACCACACCGCAGGGCACCACAAUGAUGUUGCGCACUCCCUCGCCCCAAAAUAAACAAUUCAUCUCGCCCACAGCCGCUGGGCAGCAAUUCAUUGUCGGCAGCAAUGGGCAAUUGAGUCCAAUUGGACAAAUUUAUUCGACACCAAUGGGCUUAGUAAUGCCGACAGCACAACAGCAAGCCGGAACUGCCACGUACGUGCAGCAGAAUGCGACCAUACAAGUGCAACAGCAUCCGCAAGCACAACAGCAUCAGCAUCAGCAACAACAGGCACAGCCGCAGGUGCAACAACAGCACGUGUCAGCACAACAGCAACAACAUCAUCAGCAUCAUCAUGUAGCAAUUCAACCGGCUACCACCCCAAUGCAACAACAGCAGCAGCAGCAGCACCACCAACAACAGCAGCAUCAGCACGUAACUAUGCUGAGCUCCGAGCAAAUUGUUAUGGAAUCGGCAACAUCAUCAUCUUCAGCCACCACGUCGACCUCGUUGACAUCGUUAAGCCGCAGCGGUCAGCGUUCUGCUGCAGCUAGUCCACCGGACACCACUACGCACAGCCCGCGCAGCCCAGAGCGGCCACCAAGUCAUCGCAGUGGAGGCAGUGAUAUGGUGCAAUGCGUGUCUAGCUCGGAGCCGGAUGGUGCCGCUUCGCCGCAGAGUGCGGAUAGUCGUCAGUCGCCAUCGACGACAGAUGCUGAGAAAGGACUCGUCAUGUCAAGCGCAUAUCAAACCACAAAUAUUUACAAACCAUCGGAAGCGAAGAUACGACGCGUACAAACACCACCACAAAGCGUUGGCGGUGGAGUGGGUGGUAUGAGUGCUGGAAGCGUAGGCGGAGGUGGAGGAGGAGGAGUGGGUUUCACAAUCACCUCAGCCGCCACAUCUACAGCAUUGGCCACCACACUCCAACUUCAGCAGCAACAACAGCAACAACAACAUCAUCAUCAACAGCAGCAGCAUCAGCAGCACCACCAUCAACAGCAACUACAUCAACGUCAGCAGCAGCAGCAACAUCAUUCGCUACACCAGGACAUUGUUAUGAAGCCCGAUUCGCAUGCUACAUCAACAACAACAAUUGUGCAUGCAACAGCAGCCAAGCAAUUGCAACAGGCCACGGCCACAUCAACAACAACCACACCGCUCAACGGCAACUCGAACAACAACAACAAUUCAGCAAGCCCAAAUCGCAAUAAACGCAGUACCAAUUCCACGCAGCGUGCGCACAGCAACAACAAUAGCAUCACUGGCAGCGCCACCGGUGGUGGCACAACUGCCGGUGGUUACGCAAUUGUGCCAACAUCUGGUGGACCCACACACGCCAUAUCUACCACCAGCGCGCAGAAUAGCUUCAGCACACCGCCAACUACAUCUACAGCGCCACGCAGUAAGCCAAUACGUAUAGCACCUGCACCAGCACCACCAAGCGGCUCACCCAACAAAAACGCCACUGCUACGACCACCACAGCAACAACAGUGGCUCUUAGCCAAGCGCAGGCACAACAAGCCGCCGCUACGCAGCAGCUCUCGGCGCUGGGCAAAUGACACGGGGAGUCUUGCGCGCAGGUCUCAUGGUCCAUGCAAACUUACACGCUAGUCAUACACAAUAAAUAGUCAGAGGUGAUGAGAGCGCCUAUGGGCGUGAGCAAGGAUGCGGCGCGGUGAGUGAUGAAUGAGUGUAUCACAAAAAAGAAGUAGCAAGUGUUGAAUUAAAGAGUUGGGGCUCUAGAAUGACAGAUUACAAGAUAGCGAUUAGAGACUAGCGUGAGAGCACCGCUGAUUGUGACGCAACAAGUGGGCAAACAAGAAAGAGAACGGGGGAAAUAAUGAGUUAAAUUCGCUCGUUAGUAACAAAAAAACAUAAAAAACAUAAAAAUGGAAAACAAUAAAAUGAAACCAAAUGUCUACUUUUUACGUCAGCUCAAUAGCUGAUUCUGUUACAUUCACUGAGAGCGGGAUAGCGGUGGUUUGCGAAAAUCGCCACCCUCUGUAUUCUCUCUGCGACUAUGAGGCGACCGUUAAAGAUCAUUGGAGACUAUGCGGGAGUUAAAAAUUGCUGCUGCGAUUCAAAUGGUGUGUGUGAGAGAGAGAAUAGUGUGUGAUUUAUGCUGGCUAAAGAGUAGCGAAAUGCAGCUGGCUAUGUUAAACAUACAUACAUAUAUAAAAUACAUAGCAUAGUGAAAGGAAUUGAGAAAGCGUAUUGUGGAGAGCGUAGACAUGUUAAGAAGACGCAAAAAAUGCGUGUAAAAGUAAUUAUUAAUAAAUACAAAAUCACUCAACCAUAUGCAAAAUAUUACAUAUAAUAAAAUGUGUAUGCUAAUUCAGUAUUCAUAUACAUACAUACAUAUAUAUAUGUAUAUAUAUACCAGUAAACAUGUGUAUGCAGGCCGAUGCAUACCUACACUUAUUAGUAUAUAAGUAUAAAAUGUUGAUAAAAGAAGCAAACCACAUAAAAUUAAAGAUAAACAAGAAAGUUUGUUAUAAUUUAUUUAAUUUUCAUUUAUUUUAAUUUUUUUUGUGAUUUGUUCUGAACAAAUUAAGCAUCAAUGUCAAGACGAUUUACAACAAUGCAAAGUUUAUUUAUUAUAAAUGGAAAA